UAGCCAUCUUAUCCACAACAUAUCUUUAGCUCUCUUCGACUUCUGAAAUCUUUUCCUUUAAAUCAUUCCUUUGAAACAACAUUUAUUUUCCUUCCAGAAGGUGCCACCAUUUGAUCAUUGGGAUACUGAGAUUUUUUGGAAAAAUCAGCGAUCAUAAGAGCUUCAACAACUAAGGUUUUCGACAUUGAGGGAGCUUGGCUGUGAUUAUCGUUGCCACUCCCGGGCUGGUUGUGAAACAUUAAUUUGGUAUUGUGCUAUAGCAGUAGGAAGACCCAGUAUGGAAUUGAACAGAAUGCGUGAAACCAUGCGCAGGGUCCAAAAAACAAUAUCCGAGCACAGAGAGGAUGCAUCAUCUUAUAACCAAUCCUUAGCUCCAGUUGUGGAUGCAUAUAAGAGAAAGCGAUUGACAUUUUCCUGGCUUGAUGGUGAAAAGCAAGAGGACUUUUGCCUAUAUCACCUUGGUCUUCCAGCUGGCUAUGAUUCUUGUAGACAAUGGGUGCCGGGUCUGCCAAAUAUUCCUCACUUAUUCAUUAUCCGAUACCAAAAGAUCGCCAAUAAAAGGAACCCAGAAAUGACAAAGUGCAAAGACAGGCCAUCUUGCAUCUGUGGUAUUGCAGGCCAGCUUGCAUUUGUGUACGAGGGUGAAGCUGAUGUUUCACAGAUAAUCGAGUGGCUUACAAAUCGGGUUACAAAUGGCGACUCCUUAGAAGUUUCAUUCAAUAUUCCACAAACUCCUAAGUUUAUUCGAGAUGACAUUGACACAGAAUCUUAUUGGAUUAGUGUAUUCGAGAUGAUACAUAACUUUUUUGCAGAUUCACCCAUGUCAGUUCGUUUGAAAAGUCUAAAGCAGAGUAUUCUAGGUGAACUCUCAGUUUACCGUGAGGACCCAAGAAUUGCUCCAGCUUUGCUUCUCGGAGCAUUAUUCUCUUUCAGCACAAUCUGGCUGCGAAGGAGCCAACGAGUUGAUCAAUUUGUUUGGGAGGUAUUGGUGGUAUUUUUGUUGGGUAAUACUAUUGCUUUGGUCUUCCUCCUUUCUUUCUCGAAGGUCUAAUUGGGUUUUGGGAAUUUUUGUAUUGGGAUCCCCUUGAAGUUAGACAAUACAUGGAUAAUUAGAGGAUGUGGUAAUAUUAGAAUAUUAUUUGCUUUCAUAUUAUUUAGAGAUUUGUUUUUAUUUCGGAGAUUAAGAGAGAUAUUGUAAAUAAUUAA